AUGCCGGAACAAUCCCCCCACCAACCAGCACCCUCCCAGCAACAAGCUCAAACUCAGACACAAGAACAAGCACAAGCACAAGCACGACAGGACAGGGAUUAUCAGAACCACCCAGACGCCCCGCUCCCCCAGUCCCAGUCCCAGCCGUACCGCGAUGAUCCCGAUCCCGAUCUCGAGUCAUUGGCCGAGUACGAGCCGCGACCCAUCGACGAAGACGAGGAAAACGCCGACGCAGACAUAGACGCACUCGCAGCAUCCACGCGCCCACGCACAAAAUACGCCGCCAAAGCACGCAUCUUCUGGCUGAGGAAUAAAGGCAUGAUCCUCGUACUCUUGGCGCAAAUGUUCGGCGCAAGUAUGAAUGUCAUGACUCAGGUUCUGGAGAUUCAUAGUUCUAUGCAUCCUUUUCAGAUCCUAUUCGCCCGAAUGUCCAUAACAGCCCUAGCAAGCUACAUCUACAUGUUCAUCGCGAAAACCCCCCACCCCCUCGGCACACGACCAGUCCUCCCACUCCUCCUCUUCCGCGCCGUCUGCGGAUUCACAGGCGUUUACGCCCUAUACUACUCAGUCCAAUACCUACCCUUAUCCGAAGCAACUGUUAUAACCUUCCUAGCGCCUAUAAUGACCUGUUACGCCUGUUCGGUUUUUAUACCCGGUGAGACGUUCUCGCGGCGACAGCAGGUUGCGGCUGUUGUUAGUCUUGUGGGUGUUGUUUUGAUUGCGCGGCCGUUUCGCUCGAAUAAAGCUGGCUCAGCAGGUGGUGAAAACUCGACAGCUGGUGAUGGUGAUGAAAGUCCCGAUCAAGCAGACGCAUACCACCACGUCCUCGCAACAAUAGUAGCCAGUAUUGGUGUCCUCGGCGCAGCGGGCGCAUACACUUCUAUUCGAAUGAUAGGACGUCGCGCACACCCGCUAGUCUCCGUGACAUAUUUCUCCAGCGUGACGACGAUUAUAUCACUGGUAGCUAUGCUGGUUCUGCCCAGCGUCGAGUUCCGCGUCCCGACCACCAUUUUUGCUUACGGCGGGGUUGUCUUAUGUGCCGCCGCGAAGCGUUAUGGAAGGAGGGGAGCUGGUGCUGGAGCUGGUAAGGGGAAGCAAGGGUCUAAGGCGACUAGCAUGGUGUAUACGCAGAUGCUUUUUGCGCUGUUUUAUGAUAAGGUUGUUUGGGGGACGACGCUUGAUGGGGUGGCUUGGGUUGGGUCGGGGCUUAUUUUGGCCUGUGCGGUUUAUGUGGCUGUUAUGCAGGAGGGGGCCCGGGUGAAGGGGGGUGAUGGUGGUGGUGGUGAUGAUGCAAAGGUGCAGGAGGGAGGGGGUGAGGAUGAGGGAGUGAGAGAGGGGAGAGAGGAGGAAAGUGUACAGAGUAGUGCGCAGUAG